AUGGAUUCAAGGCGGUCGAGUGCAGCUUCGAGCAACCUGGGAAGCUCUAAUAACGUGUCUCCAAAGCAGACAAUAGGCUUUCAACCCUCAUCGCCAACUCAAUCAGACUUACGACCAGGCUCGUAUCCGUCACGAAACAAGUCCACAUUACCAGGAUGGGCAUCAGAUUCAGACCAAUCUAGGCGUUUGUCUGAUGACGGGAGCGAUUCAUUGCCAGACAUUGCAAUCUUGCCUGGAUCUCCCUCAGCUUCAUCACAGCCGACAAAUAUUGGACAUAGGCCAAAGAGACCGUCUAUAUCGUCUAGUGCCAUUACGAGAUUUGGAUCACCGCCUGGAAGAGGAUCAUCUUUUGGAAGGUCGUUUGAAGAGAACUUAUUCAGACCUCCAGACCACAUGUCACCACAACGUGCAUCGUCACUCUUAAGUCAGCAACAACCACAACACCCAUCACAGUUAUCAAGCCCUCAUUCAUCACUAUUUGGAACACCAUUAAAUGGAUCUACGACUGACCUAAUGCCACCUUCAAUCGUCUCAAAGCCUCUAAGUGCCCCUGCCACGUUACAGAAUCGAGCUGGUAGUUUAGGGAGCAUAGAUGCGUUGCCACCACCUGCACCAAGUCCCAGUGCUGGAUAUAGUUUAUUGGCUGCUGGAAUACAAGCUAGUAGUGGGGGUGUCAGUGGUAGUCCUAGUGCCGCUGCAAAGGUUGCUGGUGUUGUGGCAAAAGAGCCCAAGAAGAAAAAGGACAAGGGAGCAUCGCAGCCUGAUGCUGGUGGUAUAGAAGGAGGUACAUCGGAUGCUUCGCACAAGCCUCAGAGUGGGAAGAAACCACUUAAGGAAAUGACGAGAGCUGAGAGACGAGAGUUGCAAGAUCGUCAAAAAGCCGAAAAGGCAGCCAAAGCAGGAAAUCCAAAUGCAUCAACAAACAGUAAAGCAUCAACGCCAAAACCUCAACAACAACGAACAAGUAAUCCCUCUACACCAACAACAGGAAUGCCGUCAACUCUAACGCCAACAUCAACCCAAACGAAUUUACGAGUACCCGCCGAAAUGAGAUUUGAUGAUCCAAAAACUCGGUCAAAGACUGGCAAGGCUCAACCAGUACAUCGAACGUUGGCUCAGAAGCCUGUAUCACUGUUUUCCCACUUGACGCAAUACGAAAGGGAGAAUAAUAUAUUGGCUGAAUCUAAGGCUGGUGGUUAUGUACAUCCUGUCGUUCUGUCUCUGGGAUUACAAUAUUCAGAGUUUUUGGUCGUUGGUGGGAAUGCGAGGUGUACACAUAUGUUGCAUGCCUUCAAGAAGGUUAUUUCGGAUUACGUGACACCACCUGGAACAUCCUUGUCUAGAAAUCUGACCUCAUAUAUCGGAGACCAAGUGACGUUUUUGAAUGCUACAAGGCCGUUAGCCGCUAGUAUGAAAUCAGCUAUACGAGCACUCAAAUCUGAAAUCACUGCUAUACCCCUUGAUAUGCCGGAUCAUGAUGCCAAAUCUCAAUUGACUUUAUGGAUUGACUCUUAUAUAAAUGAAAAGAUUACCACAGCUAGGAUUGCCAUUGUUAGUAAUGCACUACCAUAUAUGAAGGAUGGAGACGUGAUUUUGACUCAUGGACGGUCAUCUGUUAUUCAAGACAUGCUGAUAUUCUUUUGGAAGAGUGGUAUCAAGUUCCGUGUCAUUGUAGCUGAUUCAAGGCCAAAGUUAGAAGGUCGAGAAAUGCUCAAGACACUAGUAAAAGAAAACAUCCCAUGUACAUAUAUAUUGACUAGUGCGGUAUCUCUUGUGAUUAAGGAAGUCACCAAGGUGCUGAUGGGAGCUAGUGCAGUCUUAUCUAAUGGAUCAGUCAUGUCUCGUGCUGGUUCUGCACUGGUAGCAAUGACUGCGAAUGAUUUCAAGAUUCCAGUACUUGUAUGCUGUGAGACAUACAAGUUUUCGGAUGCCUUCAGGCUAGAUUCGUUUGUGUGGAAUGAAAUUGGUGAUCCAGAUGAACUCGUAGACAUAUCCAGUCGACCACGUUCAGAAUACGGAUCAUUAUGCUCUGAUUCGUAUGUACAAGGCAAGGCAGAUUCAUCGAUUCUGACGGAUUGGCGAGAUAUUGGGCAGUUGAAAUUGCUGAAUCUCUUGUAUGACAUCACACCAGCACAAUAUGUAUCCAUGCUCGUAUGUGAUACGGGAUGUAUCCCUAGUACAUCGGCUUUUGCUAUUCUGAGGGAAAGUAUGGUCUCACAGUAA